AUGCCUCGUCAAAGCCGUGGUCGUGGUCCUGCCGCCCCUGCGCGCAGCGCCCCAACUCGUCCUACCGCAGCUCCUGCCAGACCAGCUGCUCCUCAACAACACCAGAGCCAGCCUCACUCAACUGCUGCUCAUCCUCCUGCUCCUCAGCAGGCUCCUCCCAUGCCCGUUCAGAGCCAGGGACCCGGUCUCUUCGGUCAAAUGGCUUCUACAGCCGCUGGUGUCGCAAUCGGUUCAUCCAUCGGCCAUGCUAUCGGCGGCCUCUUCUCAGGCGGCUCCAGCGCUGCCCCCGCUGAACAAGCUGCACCCGCCGCACCAGCUCAACCCAUGGACAACGGCCUCUACUCUAGUGCCAACAAUACCUCCUCAUGGGAGAACCCGGCUUGCGCCACUGAUGCACAAAACUUCCGGAAAUGCAUGGAUGAUAACAAGGGUGAUUUGACGAUUUGUGGAUGGUAUUUGGAUCAGUUGAAGGCUUGCCAGGCUGCUGCUAAGCCUUACUAGUCUGUUUAUCGACUUGGUUGUUUUUUUUCUGUUACGUGGAUAUUUAUAUGGAUUAUGGCAUAGCAUGGAAACAAUAUCGUCUCUAGACUCACAGUGAGUUUGUCUAUGAGCAGAUUUGAGUUGCUACUUUAUUUUGUAUACUAGUAGUCAUA